GAUUCUUGGUGCAGCUGCGGACGGUCGCCAACCAAGCAAAAGCGAAUGGAAUCCUCGGGUCCGUCCGGCCACGCAAGCGGCGGCACCACCAUUCAUCUACGAAUCCAUGGGAGGAGAUUGGAGUGGGGCCAGCUAACGGAUCGGAGUCGGAGUCCUUCUUGUGCUUCUCCUGCUCUGCUGGUGCCGCUGCCAUGGGUUUCCCCAGCACCCCCAACCUGAAGCUGGAGCCUCGCCCUCGCACGCGGAGGCUCCUGCGCUGCGCCCUCAGCUCUGAGCCUGUGCCUCCCAUGACUGUUUCCAUCACUGGAGCCACAGGUUUCAUUGGACGCAGAUUGGUUCACAAGCUUCUAUCGGAUGAUCACAAGGUUUGCAUCUUAACAAGGUCUGCCUCCAAGGCUGCGUCAGUUUUUCCUGCUUCCACCUAUCCUGGACUCACAAUAGCCCAGCAAGGGGAUUGGGAGGCAUGCGUCAGAGGCUCCACUGCUGUUGUCAACCUGGCAGGCAUGCCCAUAAGCACUAGAUGGUCACCCGAGAUUAAGCAGGAAAUCAAACAGAGCCGGGUCAAUGUUACAUCAAAGGUGGUGAAGUACAUCAACCAUGCUGGAAACGCUGAUACUCGACCCUCAGUGUUUGUGAGCGCAACAGCCAUUGGCUAUUAUGGUACCAGCGAAAUCCAUAGCUUUGAUGAAUCAAGUCCCUCGGGCAAUGACUACCUAGCUGAGGUGUGCAGAGAAUGGGAGGCCACGGCAUGCCAAGUAAACCAGGAGGAUGUUAGGCUUGUACUUCUCCGGAUUGGGGUUGUUCUUGGCAAGGACGGCGGUGCUCUAGCAAAGAUGAUACCCCUUUUUAUGAUGUUUGCUGGUGGUCCUCUGGGGACGGGACGCCAAUGGUUUUCUUGGAUUCAUCUGGAUGACCUAGUCAACCUCAUCUAUGAAUCUCUAACGAACCCUACAUACAAAGGUGUAAUCAAUGGAACUGCACCUAAUCCUGUGCGUUUGUCUGAGCUAUGCGAACGUCUGGGGCGAAUCGUUGGGCGGCCCUCUUGGUUGCCCGUGCCGGGAUUUGCGCUCAAAGCGGUGCUAGGAGAAGGCGCUUCUGUGGAAUUGUUCACAAUGGCCCGCGUGUAUGUUGGCAACUUGGAUUCAUGGGUGACUUCUGGGGAACUCGAAGAUGAGUUUCGUGUGUUUGGAGUUCUGCGAAGGUAAGAAUGGAUGGAGAGUUGAACUAUCUCGUAAUUCCAGUGGUCGUGGUGGUCGUGAUCGGUAUGGUGGAUCUGAGUCAAAGUGCUAUGAAUGUGGUGAGACUGGACACUUUGCACGUGAAUGUCGUCUGCGCAUUGCCUCUGGAGGUCUAGGCAGUGGAAGACGGCGCAGUCGCAGCAGGAGCAGGAGCCGCAGCGGCAGCGCUAGAUACCGCAGGAGCAGGAGCCGCAACCGCAUAUCAGUAGAUGAAGCACAUGCUUUCAUAUAUAUGAACAUCUUCUUAACCAUGUUCUUUUUCUUUCUUUUUAGCUGUCAUGCAAACCAAUGGGUUUGAUUAUUUUGCAAGAGUACAGUUCAGUGUAUCGUUCUCUAAUUGUUAUAUGUUGAAUCUGAGAUUAUGGCUAA